GCAAAGUGUUUUCUUUACAUUUUUGAAUUUGAUAUUACGUUGAAAUUAGAUAUUACGUAAAAGCUACUUGGAAUUUUUUGAUUGCCUUUUUGAGUUAAAGUUACUUUUGAAGUUGAUAGUAAUGAACUUUUCCGCCGUUAAAGUAUGUCUCGGGAAUUAAGGGAAAGUAAGAACGUUAACUAUAAACAAUUGCAUUGUGUGGGAAUGUCUAGCCCUAAUGUUACGGAGGAUGUGUUCAGUUUGGAGAAGGAGAUGACUCCAGUGAAGUCAAGGAGACUACAGAAAGUGGAGGAAAUUGAGUCGGAGGUCGACAGCAAUGACAGUGGUGAAAGCAGCGAGGAAGAUGAGGAGUUGCAGAGGUUAAAGACGGAGUUGGCGAAAGUAAAGCGGAAAAAGAAGGAACAAAAGUCGCAGGAGAAGAAAGAAAAGAUCAGGAAGGAAAUAGAGAAGGAGAAAAAAGAGUUAAAGAAGAAAACGGAGAAACAAAAAGGGAAUUUCUUUGAAAAAAGGGCGACCAUUGUGUCAGCGUCUAUACCUAAAUAUGUUAGUGGAAUAGAUGGGUGUACAACUCAGGCCUUUCCUGGUGCCACUAUUGGUCGUCUUACUGAGUUAAUUUCAUCUGGGAAAGUAGAUUUAAUUUCUUUAGAUUUCGUUAUAGUUCAUGUUGGUACUAAUAAUAUUUCUUCGUCUCAAUCCGUAGAUACUAUUAUAUCAUAUUUCGGAGAUUUAAUUCACAAGUUAAAAAAGAUGACAUUUGCUAAGUUGAUCUUUACUUCUAUUCUUCCUAGACCAGUUGAUCACAUGAAAACUGGAGCUAAAGUUAAUAAAGUUAAUACUGAGUUAAAAAGAUUGUGUAAAAGAAAUAAUUUAUUAUAUUGUAAUUUGUAUAGGAGUUUCUUACUCGACAAUAUUCCAGAUGCUUCCUUAUUUGCUCCGAGAGAUGGGCUUCAUUUAAAUUUUGCUGGUACAGAACUUUUCAGAAAAAAGAUAAUCAAUAUUAUUAAGCAUCAGAGUAUAUAAGUUGUAAUGUGUUACAACUGUGUUUUUUAUUUACUUCAUACAUGUAUAUUGUUUACUGUAAUUAUUCUUUUUUCUCUUUUCAGAGAACUUGCAUCCUGAAUAUGAUGCUGGUUUUCCUCUAACUACUCAAGAUCUACAUAUAUUUUGAGUUGGUUUGCUGUUUUGUCCUUUCAUUAUCUAUACACAUUUUGAAAGGAUGGAGCUUAUUUGAAGUGAGAAAAAAGAGUGAUCAUAGUAUGUCUGGUUUUUAUCAUCAUUAUAACUGUUUUGAUACUAGUUAUUAUUUUAUCUUUAAUUUUUUUUGGCGGCCUUGCAGGCUUGGCGGAUGUUUGCCAAAA